GUGGGAUUUUAAUGAAAGCUGAUGCAUGACACUAUGAUUCUCUUGCUUCUUCUCCCUUCAGCUGCUGCUUCUGAUAUAUGCUACUGCUAGAUUGGGUAUAAAUUUGUAGGCAGACUUGUGAAAAGAAUAAUUUGUAUUGCUUUACUCUCCUUGCUUAAAGGCAUACCAGAAGAUAGCGCGGGGCUGCAGCGGACUUACUGCCGUACCUAAGAUUGUAACUUUCUGGGAUCAACCUUAUUUAGGAAGCUAUUUGAAGAAUCAUGAACGCUUUAGCAGCAACCAAUAGAAACUUUAAGCUAGCAUCUCGUUUGCUAGGCUUGGAUUCCAAGCUUGAACAGUGUCUUCUCAUUCCAUUUAGGGAGAUUAAGGUUGAGUGUACAAUACCAAAGGACGAUGGCUCAUUGGCAACUUUUAUUGGAUUCAGGGUACAACACGACAAUGCUCGAGGCCCCAUGAAAGGAGGAAUCAGAUACCAUCCUGAGGUAGAUCCGGAUGAGGUGAAUGCCUUAGCACAGCUAAUGACAUGGAAGACAGCAGUUGCCAAUAUACCAUAUGGAGGGGCUAAAGGAGGAAUAGGGUGUAGUCCCAGUGACUUAAGCAUCUCUGAGCUAGAGCGACUUACUCGAGUAUUUACUCAAAAGAUACAUGACCUUAUUGGAAUUCAUACAGAUGUUCCAGCACCUGACAUGGGAACAAAUCCACAGACAAUGGCGUGGAUUCUAGAUGAGUACUCAAAGUUUCAUGGCUAUUCACCUGCAGUGGUAACUGGAAAACCUAUUGAUCUUGGUGGAUCUCUAGGCAGAGAUGCAGCUACUGGUAGGGGUGUUCUUUUUGCUGCUGAAGCACUGCUUAGAGACCAUGGAAAGAGCAUUGCUGGGCAGCGUUUUGUUGUUCAGGGAUUUGGAAAUGUUGGUUCUUGGGCUGCACAACUCAUUACUGAGCAAGGUGGGAAGAUUGUUGCAGUAAGUGACAUAACAGGUGCCAUAAAGAACAAAAAUGGAAUCGACAUAGCAAGUCUACUCAAACAUGUGAAAGAAAAUCGCGGAGUUAAAGGUUUCCAUGGCGCGGAUUCAAUAGAUCCUAAUUCUAUACUGGUAGAAGACUGCGAUGUUCUUAUACCAGCUGCCCUUGGCGGAGUAAUUAACAGGGAUAAUGCAAAAGAUAUUAAAGCCAAAUUCAUUGUUGAGGCUGCUAACCAUCCAACUGAUCCAGAAGCUGACGAGAUUUUGGCAAAGAAAGGAGUUGUCAUUCUGCCAGACAUAUAUGCAAACUCAGGAGGUGUUACUGUCAGCUAUUUUGAAUGGGUUCAGAACAUCCAAGGUUUUAUGUGGGAUGAGGAGAGAGUGAACACUGAGCUAAAGGCAUACAUGAACAGAGGUUUUAAAGAUGUCAAGGAUAUGUGCAAGACUCACAACUGCGAUCUACGAAUGGGUGCCUUCACCCUAGGCGUCAACCGUGUUGCCAGAGCAACAACACUAAGGGGAUGGGAAGCCUAAGAAUGAGGCGACGAUUGCUUCUUCUUCAAAUAAACAUAUACUCUAAACCAUAUAGUUCAUAUACUUCUGCAUAUUCAUUUCUGCACUUCUGCAAAAUUUGACAAAAAUUUAGCCAUUUCAAUAGUUUUGCUUGACCUUUUAAAAGAAAAAUAAAUGUUGUACACCGUCAUUCUUAUGAGUACAAGAUGGCUUGAAAUCACUGGAAGGGGCCAAUUUGCUUGGUCUUAUUCUUUAUUAUUAAUCAAACAAAGUUUUAUAAUUGUCU